AUGCCUUUCCACGCAUGGCUCGAGAAGAGGUCAAGCCGGUUGAAGGAACGGUUGAGGUCUCAUGCAAAAGAGGAAAGCGAAAGGAACCACGAUGGUGGUGCCAAUCAGGCAGCAGCUGUGCCACAGGGGGCAAGCUUCACCCAGCCUAUUACUGACAAAUUCUGCACUUCUAGUGAAGAAGUCGUAACAGGGGUGGUCCAUGAAUGCACAGCCAAUGCAUCGAUUUCCUUACCGUUUACCCACGACGUCAUUUGGAGAACGGCCUAUGACAACCUCAGAAGUGAUGACAAAAAGGGAGUGUAUGUGGCAAAGUAUGAAGAAAUCAUUUCGAUGGUCUUUUCUGAGGAUUCCCGUGGCAAAGAUGCACCCCCCAGCCUCAUCGAUGGCACGUCGUUGGGAGAUUCGAGACUAAGAUAUCUGGUCGACAAGGGUUUGCAAAAUGUCAAAUCGAGCAAACAAGCAAGUGACAAGCUCAACAAUGUGGUUGAUAUCAUUGAGAGGGUCGAGGCUCUGAUCGGGAUUCCUCUGAAGAAUGUCUCACAAACUGCAUUACCAUGGGCUGUCGUUUCCUCAAGUCUGGAACCCCAAUACAAAGUCAUAUUCCGCACAUCGUUGAAACUUGAUGAUUGGGAGGGGGAUUUGAAGAGAAUUUCAACACGCGAGGAAUCGUUCCAGAAACGGCUGGCACAAUACAAACCAGAGCAGUUAAUUGCCCAGGUCGAGAGGCUAAUGCUGAAUACACAGGAUGACACGAAAGUCAAAGAAUAUCAUGAAAUCAUGUCAGCCUUGCGGGGAAUUGAUCCACGGUCGGAAAUGAAGAACAUUGAAGAUCGGAAAGACAGAAUAAUCCGGGAUGUGUCCAAAUGGGCCCUUGACACCCACGAAUAUAAGAAAUUCCUGGACUGGGACAGUCCCUCAGCAGAGAAUCUGCUAUGGAUCAACGGCCAAGCCGGCACCGGAAAGACAAUGCUAUUGAUUGGAAUAAUUCAGGAACUCACGACCCAGAUACGUCGACCGGAAGCACCGGAAAUUCUGUACUUCUUUUUUCAGAACAAAGACACUCAGCUAGAUCAUGGCGCGGCACUGCUUAGAGCUUUUAUGUGGCUCCUUCUUCGGCAAUGUCCAAGGCUCCUUCAACAUAUCAGCAGUGAAUAUGCCGUUUCCGGGGAAAAGCUCUUCGAUGACAAAUUUGCAUUCCAGAGCUUGUCUCCUAUUCUGAAGAACAUGCUUCAGGAUCCCGAUCUUGGGCGCGUUGUACUCGUGGCUGAUGCCCUUGACGAAUGCCAUGAUAAUGACCAAGAACGGGUCAUAGCCUUUUUACAAGGGCUAUUACCUGAACAUAAAGCGCGUUCUGAGAUCAAGGUCCUUGUUUCUGGUCGACCAUCGUGGGAGCUCGAAAAUAGGUUCAAAAGUGUUAGACAUGGCACUGUCUUGAGACUGGACAACUACUCCUUGAGCGAACAAAUCAAUACUUAUAUUGGCCACCGCGUUCGGCAGCUGACACACGACGGAACCCGGGUCCCCAUGGAUAACUUGAGAAAGCAACUAGAAGAUAAAUCGGGAAAUACAUUUAUCUGGGACUCGCUGAUCUGCAAAGAGCUCGGGCGGUCACCCAAUCACUCGUGGGAUGACAUUCUUAAAGCUGUCCCGAAGGAUCUGACAGACCUCUACAACUUUCUCCUCAAGAGGUUGGGAGAAAACCACAUCAAGACCCGAUUCCGCUACUGCAGAGAUGCUCUAUGUCUUGUCAUACUCACACGUCGACCAUUGCGCUUGAGCGAAAUGAGUCUGCUGGCUGGAUGGCCCGACUAUCGCACAUUGUCUGUUGUGCAGGACUGCAGAUCGUUCCUGGCGAUUCAGAAUGAUACGGUAUACCCUAUCCACCAGACAGCUCUGGAGUUUCUAAAGGACCACUAUGAAGACCUCCAAAACGCACCCCCCAAAGAAGCCCACCAUAAGCUCUUCCGUCAAUCUUUGAAAUGCAUGAGAGAGACAUUGAGACAAAAUGUCUACAACUUAGCCAAAGACUGUAUUUCAUUGGAAGAGUUUCGGACACCGAUGCAAGAUCCCCUUGGCGCGGUUCGUUACUCAUGUCGAUACUGGGUCUAUCAUUUAGAACAGGGAGGCUUAGACAAGUUCGAUACAAGCUUGGUAUAUGAAUUUGUUACCCGACACUUCCUUCACUGGUUGGAGGCGAUGGCUUUCUUAGGCAUGAUAUCGAGUACUAUAGGAAUCAUCGACGCACUACAGCGGCUACUUCUCAAGGUGGGUGAGGUCUCCAAACUGCCAGGUUUUCUAACCGACGGGAAAAGAUUCAUCUUGAAGAACAUGACAAUUGCCAGCUCUGCACCACUCCAGCUAUAUACUUCUGCAUUGUUUUUUGCCCCCAAGGCGAGCAUCGUGCGAACUACGUUCCACCGCUCUCUCCCUCCCUGGAUCGUGCGGUUACCAGAACCCGAGAGUAGCUGGGGUGGGCUCUUGCGAACACUGAGCAGAUGUAGUUACAAUGCUCUAGCAUUCUCUUCCGACGGACAGUGGCUUGCAACUUCAUGGGAAAACACGGUCUGUAUCUGGGAAACAUCCACGUGGAACCCAAGCAGAUCGCUUGAGCAUACUUCCUAUGUGAGAUGUGUUGCAUUCUCUCAAGAACAACCUUUCUUAGCCGUAGGUGGCGAGCACACGGUGGUUCUAUGGGAUACAGCACGGUGGGAGAAAAGGUACACUGUGAAGCACGCAGACUACGUUUCUUCAAUUGCAGUCUCACAAAAUGGACAAUUACUAGCUGUGGCAUCCUGGAACUGUGUAAAGGUAUACGACAUAACCAAGAAAGCGGCAGUGUGGUCCGCACGAAGUGGGACGACGGCGCCUUCUGUUGCCUUCUGCCCAGGCAAGAACCUUCUUGCAUUCACAUCUGGCGGGGCAAUUUACUUACGACAGUCGAAGACAGGUGAUUUUGUACGCGAUGUGCAUACUAUGCACUGUGAUAAUGUCCGCAUCAGAUUUUCCUCGAGUGGGAAGAUUAUGGGCGCCUUCCGUAUGGCUGAAGGCAUCCAAGUUUGGAAUACUGAGACAUGGACCCCUGUGUCGCAUAUUGAUAAGGUUACCCAGGAUUUUAAUUUUGGGAUGUCAUUGGGGCACGAUGACCUUUUAAUGGAAGGAUAUAACUCAGGGGAUACCGUCGAUAUCUGGGAGGCAGCAACAAGCACUCACCGGCAACUAGUUCUGUACCAAGUGUAUGGGCCAGUUAAACUGUCAUUCUCCCCAGCCGAACAGAUCCUCGCCUACUCAAGUCAUGAUGGAACGGUCAAGCUAUGGGACACUAGGCUGGGGAUACGGCAAGGAAAACCAGAGAAAAGAGAACGACCACAUAAAGACAUCGUGGAUAGAGUAGUAUUUAGCCCGGGUGGUCGGUAUGUCGCAUCGCGCGAUUGGAGUGGACGCAUUGUUAUGUGGGAUGCAGAAAAAGGCACAGAACGAUACCAUUUUCAAACCACUGCGGCUCCGACUCGGGACCUUCUAUUCUCCCCAGACGGUCGGUGGCUUGUAUCAUGGGCAUCAAAAAAUAAUAUUAAGGCUUGGAACACACAGACAGGAAUAUUGGAGAAGGAAGUCCGCAUGCAGCCGUCAGUUCGAAGUGAGCUCUUGUUCUUCGUUAAGGAUGGCCUGAUUAUUCCCUCGUUGGAUAACGCUACAAUCGUUCCCGAGUUGGCCUCGCUGGAAAACUUGCCAACCAUAGCGGAGUUCGAGAUCGAGCAUAACUGCAUAGUCAAGACCAAGAGCAGGGACAAGAUUAUGUGGCUUCCUCCUGAGUAUUAUCCUCGCAAUGGUAACGCUUAUGCGGUUCAUAAUCGUACCAUUGCAUGUGGAACAGCAUCGGGGUAUGUACAUUUCUUGGAACUUGCAGAGGAAUAG